UGGCCUCAACCUGAAACGACGCACCAUAGCCAAGCUCUUGACUUUCCCCCUCCGUUUUCCUUUAACGAACCUAUUCGUUUUUUCUCUUCCUUCCUUCCUUCGACAUUUACUUUUCAAAUGCAUCCGUUUCAUGGACUCUAUACUCUUUCCCUCUCCAUCCAAAGAUGCCGAUGACGUUUUUACCCUCUUCGAUUACUCCAGCAACCAUCCUUGUCCAAUUCCACUGAACCCCUCUUCUUAGUCUCCUUCAGGUGGUGGAAGGAGGCUAGAGAGGCUGUGUGCAGUGGCGGCGGCGGCGUUUUGUAUAAUGUGACGACACAAUUGACUGUUGCUGGCGAGGAUGAGGAAAAGGAGGUGGGCAUGGCGGUGGGGAGUAGGGAUUUGGAGAUUCUAGUGAUUAUGAAGAGAGAAGGGGAAGCGAAGAUUAGUGAAGAAGAAAGGGUUUCAAGCGAGGGGGAUUUUGCCUUGGUUUCGGAGUGGAUGUUUUUGACAGCUCUUAAAUGGCAUAAUGACUUGACGGGUGUGGAAACUAUUUUACCUGAUGAAGAUAGCACACACGACCUGUUCUCUUUACAGAUCAGACUUUUGUGUGUGUUGGAAACAAAUUCAUUGGUUAUAAAGAUUAGCCAAAAGGUUCAUUACGAAUUGAGCCCCUUUUCAUAAACUAUUCUAAAUAUUAGUUAUGGUGUGGAUCUUGUUUAUUCGUUGAUUGUGGAUGCUGUUACCAAGAGUUGGUAAAACUAACUCUUUUGUAAAGCAACCAAUGCUUGAAUUAAAUUUUGUAAGCUAAUGAUUUUUGAAA